AUGGAAUAUCGGUUAGUAGAGAGAAAAGAAGAAAAUAAAAAAAAGAAAAGGCAAAAAAAUAAAAUAAAAAUAAAAGAGGCGAGGAGGGUGGGGGGAAUUUGCGUCGCUUUCUUGCAACGAGGGAGGGGUGGCGCUAAUAUAAAUGUAUAUAUAUUUUUGCUUCCUUUUGUGUGUGUGUGUGUGUGCGUGUGUGUUUGGAACGUGGGGAAUGCUACGCAGACUUUGGUGAUGCCAUUUCGCAAGCAAGUUACUUUCUUCCCCUUUAAUCUCAUUUUGUCUUUCUUUUUUUCUUUUUCAACUACACCAUAUCGUUCCCCAAGGGGGAUUUUUUUUUUUGAACUGUGGGGAUCUUACUUUUUAAAGGUUAAAAGCCAAUCUCCGGGGUGCUUAAGGUGUGAAUUAUUGAAGGUUUUUCUCCUUGUAGUUCCUUCCAUUUCGGCCUGCUGUCUGCAGAGUCCCAUACUCUACGAAGAGUACAGGACUGCAAGCCUACGUGGGACAGUGGAAUUUACCCCGCGUUGUUUUACUGUUCGGUGUGUUCAACGUGUUUGA